AUGGAGAAGGGCGCGGCGAUCAAGUGCGUGAUCAACGACGAGCCAGCGACAGAGAACGAGGCGCCUGAAGAUGCGGAAAGCGAGAACAAUGGAGCGUACUGCGCCAAGCUCAUGGACGAUGCAGCGAUCCGAGCGCUUCGGCGCGCGCUCGAGAGGACGACCGUGUCGAUCGAGACACACGGCCAUUUACGCGAGUUUCGGCGCAAGCCAGAGGAGCCACCUCCGCUACAGUAUGCAUCGCUCCAGCGCGAGGCCCACAAAGUCCAUGAGCUACAGACUCCCGUGCUUCCGCACCGCCCGGUCUCGGCGCGGCCGACACCGCCCGCUGCCCAUGUCAGUCGCUCACGUCCGUCCACAGUACACAGCAGUGCGGCCUCCAACAACAAGCUGCGCCGGUCUUUCCAGGUCGUGCUCGCGGAAGAAAAAGCCAAGUACUCAGCGCUCGAAGACCAAUAUCUCACGCUGAAAGACGCCAUUUUGCGCCAUUUUGACGACUUGCUGCACAACCCGCACAACGUGGACCGCGACUGGAGCGCGGAUGCGUAUGCGCAGCUCGCCGAGAUGGACGCGCGUCUUCGAGACGAAAACCGGCUUCGGCCCCAAGACGAGCCCAAGCCGCGACGUACAUCCUCGCCACUGCGCGCGCCACGGCCGCCGCCGAACCCACGACUCGAGAGCUAACCGGUUAACCUAUCCUAUUUUGCACUGGAA